GCUCUCUCCCCAGCACCGUAUUUAAAAGUGUUUCCCUCAUGUCCAGCACUUCACAAGGAAGGAAGCUCCAGGCCUUGGGAAGCGGUUCAGAGCAAUCACUGCCUACACCUGGUUACUGUGCUCCGGUCAGGACAAUGAAGACAUUCAGAAGAGUUCCCAAAGCAACAAUUCUGCAACAGCCUAAAACCCACAAAGAACCUGUUGUUUAGGGAUGAAAGCUGUUCUGUAAGGUUUGGAAGAUUUCCCUUUCACUCCUUUGCUGAUUUUGAAGCCUGAGCUAUAAGCAGUCACCAGCACUGGUGUGUGAACAGCAUUGGAAGCACAUGGAUCCCACCAGCAGCAGCUGCAUGCGCACUCCACAGCCUCCUGCCCCACUCUGGGGGUGCCUGCGGAGCACCCACAUGGAUGUGACCACAGCGUCAGGGCUGAACCACUACCCACCAGCAUCCUUCUCCUUCCACCAAAAGUCAGAUUUUGCUGCUUACCCUGAUUUCGCAACCUCCUGCCUGGUGACUGCUCCCCACAGCUUCCCACACGAGGAGCGGACGUUUGUGGAGCAGCAUCCCUCUUUCCAACACUCUGACUGGCAUUUUACAGCAACCGAAGCCAGAAGACGACUGAACCCAGGACUGGCCUUGGGCUCUGGGGAGUCAGAAGGCAGCACCCCAAAUCUAGUGAGUGCAGCGGUGGGGAUGAGUGAAGAUGAUGAGGUACCAGUAAAUACUACCAAUGAGACUGAGAAAAAGUCAUCGAAAAGGAAAAAGGAGAACUCAGAAACCCAGAAUUCAAGCAGCAAGGCAGAACCAAGCAGCAAAUCCCGGAAGGAAAGGACAGCUUUCACAAAGGAGCAGCUCCGGGAGCUGGAAGCUGAGUUUGCCCACCAUAACUACUUGACAAGGCUCAGGAGAUACGAGAUUGCUGUGAACCUGGAUCUCACCGAAAGACAAGUCAAAGUAUGGUUUCAAAACAGAAGGAUGAAGUGGAAACGUGUUAAAGGUGGGCAACAAGCGUCCCCGCAUGAGCAUGACACAGAAGAUGCAGACUCUGCUGCCUCCCCCAGCUCUGACUAGUCCUUGCAGUGAUAAGAGAGAAACAUGGAGAAAGUCAGUGAUCAGAAAGUGGAUGCAACACUGCUCUGGUUCAGCUACACCACGAGAUGAUCCCACCUGCAAAACCUGCAGCUGUGAAUCUUUAACAGAUAGAUGAUGCUACAGAGGCAGUUAACGAACACAACAGAAAAAAGCCAAAGGAGGGCAUGACUCUGAUUAUUGUCUCAAUUAAUUCAACUCUGUAGAACUGUCUUACUACCACAGAUGUGUCUUCAUAAUAAAAGCUAACAAACACUGAAUAUGAACCAGGCAUCCUGUUGUGUAGGCUCUCAAGCAUUCAGAAGAUACAGGCUAUCAGUCAGUGAGUGGUAACACAGCUGUGCCUUUCCCUGGUCACACCUCUUCAUUCUGCAUUUGGACUUGACCAGGCACAUUUUCCUCAUGCCUUACUUUAAAAGAAAUAGAUGCUUUGGUAGUCACU